ACGGUGGUAUCGUUCAUGGCAGUUCAGUGGACUAACGUUCCGAUGUACCUUGUUUUACGCCGAGCUAAUACGCUUUUCGCGUUGGUUGGCGAGGCACUCAUUUUGCACAAGUCGAUUCGCCUUGCCUCGGUAGAAGCGGUAGUAGUCAUUCUGGUCGGUACUGCCCUGGCUGGCUAUGGCGACUUGACUUAUGAUUUUUUCGGAUAUGUUGCAGCUUUUUCUCAAAACUUUUUCACAACGGCGUCAAACGUUUGUACGUAUCGUCUCACGCAUGAAUCGGCGCAGACUUGCCAGGUUGAGGUUGCGCUUUUCAUUCACACACUGUUCUCCAUCCCGUUGCUGUUGGGACUGGCUAUGUGGACAGGAGAGCUUACUGCAUCUUCGAUCCCUCUUGACGGAACCGCCCCGGUAUUGAUGUUCACUAUCUUGGUAUACGUAUUGCUAGUAGCGCUACAUCAAAUUUCUAAUACGAUGUCAAUUGUGAAUGGUGGUCCGGUGAGCACUAGUGUUGCUGGAAAUUGCAAGGACAUU